AUGAACGCCCCGAUUGAUCGUCUCAGGUCGCUUGCCAUAUUCUUCCUAGCGAUCAACUUAGCGGAUUGCCAAUUAACAACGUCGGAUUCAUUCAAAGAGUCAUUAACAAUCAGACCGCUUCAAGAUGGGAAACUGCACACUCUCUUCAAGUUUGAGCUCUCUACCGCAUUGCCCACAAGACCCCUAGAGAGUCCAGCGUCAUCAAACCUCAAGUUACUUCAAUCAGAUCUUCUGCCGAUUUCAGUACUCGAAUUGGCCGAUCGAUUCGGAAUUAAGCAGCUCAGCCUCAGUCUAUCCAGGGGAAGAUGGGAAUACGAUCGUUGGUCAGAACCUAACCCCGAUCACUGGCAAGGAUAUCCUAGAGGAUCCGAAUUAGCCGUUUGGUUGAACCCUCAGUCGAAUGCAACCGAGCUCACCAACACUCUGGCAGGCAUAUUUUGCGGAUCUCUCAACCGGUUGACACUGCUCAAGGAUCCACCUAUCGCGCUCUCCAACCCAACGUUCUCCACACCUGCCCACCAUCAAUCAUUCUACCACGGCUUGUUACCCAUCGAACAACCAUGCACCGAAAACCUUAGUCCCUUGUUCAAGCUGCUGCCCUGUGGUCGACAUGCUGGCCUUGCUUCAAUGAUCGAUACUCAUAAAAUAUUUGACGGGAAUUGGCAAUCUAUUCGUUUCAAAUUGUUCGAUCACCAAAGUGACUCUCAGCCGUCUGCAACUAAUCAACUUGACUCGAAUUUACGCCUGGAAAUUGAAAUCGAAACCGUUCUUGACCAAGUUCGCAAAACUACGAAAAGAGAUUGGGAUUUCAAAUCGAUUUUUGGGCAUCCGAUUGAGAAAAAGUGUCCAUUAUCAAGCUCUAGCAUUGUAGAAAUUGUAGAAACAAAAGACGCUUAUGAAACCGAAGCACUUGUGCGACCAACGAUCCACCCGCGAGCUCACGCUGAUGGAUUGCCGGUCGAUGGGAAACAUCAAUACGACAUACUCAAAGCUAUUUUACCUUUGGAAGUCGAGAUGAAAUGGCCAAGCGAGGAAAAAUUCAAAUAUCCGGAAAUCUAUACGCCACCACCGGUGAAGGUGAAACGGAUAUUAUUAGGACAUGGACAAACUAGAGGCUUGAUGGGGAUAGAAAUCGAAAUGACACAAGAAGAAAUAAAUAAAGAGCAGGAGAUAGUUUAUUUCGAGGAGUUACCUUGGUGGUUAACGAUCUAUUUACACACCUUGAAAGUCGAAGUUGACGACAAGCCAAUAAAAGAUCCAAAUCAGGUGAUGAUUAAAAAGGUUAUUAAACCUUCGCUCCAAAGACAAAGGCCGUACAGUUUUGCAAUGACGCUGAAAUUCCCGACUCCCGAAGGAAGUCGAACGAGGUUAUUGACUCGAAAGAUGAAGAUUUUGUUCGAAUAUGAGAAAGAUUUGCUGCUCUAUACCGAGUAUUUCUCCGAUGCAAACCGAGGGUUCGACCUCAAUCCCGCGGCUUUAAUCACACGGACAAGUGAUCAAGACACUAAUAAAAAAUUCGGCAAUUCAAGCCAUAGUAGCUCAGAUGGUGCUAUGGCACUGUUUUUUGGUUCUGUGUUUAACUUGUUGGUUCGAGAUUUCAAAUUAAUCAAGAUCAAAACUACCUGA